CUUGGAACUUCGGCGAAUGAUCCGCCUGGUAACUUAGUAAGGUCGCGCCAACUGGCCUGCGCGCCCUGCAGAAUGGCUCAAGAGCCAAACGGGGUGGGGGCGGAACGCCGUACCUGGGACCAGCGAUUGUUGCUCAAAGCUGAGAACUGCAAGCGCCCUACGUGCUAGCGCCAGAAGACGCAAUGGACACACAGGCCAUGGAAGUCUCGCCUGAGCGAGCAGAGCGCGUGAGGAGGGCAGAGUGCUUGCCCAGCCUAAGACGCUUCCACGUAAGGGCGCUCAGCAAACUGGUGGCAGAGUCAAAGGAGGACAUCCUGAGCCUGGCGCUGAUCGCGGACAAUCUCCGAAGAUUCCUGCCCCCGGGAGUUACUUUGGAAGAGGUGGUCGAAAGUCUGGAGAUGAGCGUGGAGGACGCCUGCUUGGCAGUGGAGUCGACAGAAGACAUGAUCAAUGACAAGAAGGUGGAGUAUGUUCUGAAGGCCGCAGCAGAGGGGAGGCUGGCCAUUGAAGAGCAGGUCGCAAUGUUCCGCAUGCUGCAGCGCAUCACCGUCCCACUUGAGAACCCAUGCAAAGGCAUGGACUUCACGCACCUUUUCUGCCCUGCUGACAAGCUUCUCAAGGCGGGCCAGCCCCUCAUUGAUUGGCAGCAUGCACGCGAGAGACCAAGGAAGAAGGCUAUGCCUCCUCCCCGGCCAUCAGAGCUUCUUCCCCUCCUAAAUCUCCUCAGCCGGACUCCACAUGCAGAUCUGAUAGGGGCAUCCAGGCAGGCUCUGGCGCAGUACACCACAUUCAGCGAGGCGUUCGAUAGCUUUCUGCUCAACUGGCCAGCCGUCAACAAGUGCCUCGACCCGCCGCUGGUUGUCUGCGAGGGGCCCACCCGCGCGCAAAUUCUGGCAGCCGUGAGCACGCAGCCUGCGCUCCUGAACGGGCAGCAGCCCGUCUUCCUGACCAAUGCUAACGGUGCUGCGUCGAGUGUCAUUUUGACGGGGUUCGCCAAUAGGGGUGAGGCCAACGCGGCCGUGUGGUCUUUGCGCUCGUUGUUCCGCCUUCCAGCAGCGGUUGGCGGGGCAAUGGGAGAUUCUGCCGACCCAGAUGCUCCAGACGCCUUGAUCUGGGUUAUGAACGUCGCUGGAAACAUUGGGUCUCACUAGUUAGCCCUACAGUCCGCAAGUGGGGCGUUGGGCUGCUCAGCUUUCACGGUUUCUCAAUCUUCUCAAAGAAUUCAGCUAGAUUUGGAGCUGCAGUCAGAGUCCUUCCAGUCAUGUUCAAGGUGUAGCGUCAUAGAGGCGGACUUGGCCGUGGCCAGCAUGUGCCCGUCAGAAGCAAGGCAUGCAGACUUGAUGAGCCAGAGGACGAAGAAGGCAACUUUCUUUGCCAAAAGUAAUCACGAGACGUCCGGCACGGCUUGGUUCUGGCUCGGCUGCUUGUCUGUUCUCCAUCAUCCACAUAAGGCUUUCCUUGCAUCACACA